AUGUCGCUCGCUCGAUCCGUCGACGUGAUUUUUUUUCGCUGUCGUGUCGAUCCAAACAGCGGGCUACGCGACAAGAUCUUCACAAUGGACUUCAUGGAAGAGAUAAAGAUCAUGCGGCUUGUGCGAAAACAGAGCCUAGCGUAGCUUUGUAAUUUUCUUUUGCAAAAUAGUGCUUUUUUUCGAAUCUGCAGGUCGUGCUCUUGAAACGUCGCACUUCCUCCCAUUUUACUUUAUGGCUAUAUCUUUUUAUUAACUUUUUACACAUAUUACAUUGUACGAACAACACAUACGUUCGGAAGUAGUUGGCCAGCAUACGUAGCAAAAAUAGACGGAAAAUAUUGAAACCCCCCAACCAGCAUGGAGGCCUCUGCGCAACCAUCGUCCUCGGCAGGGGUACGUGGAACAGACACUGGAUUUCCGAAUGUGGAUGACAUAUCCUGAGUAAAAACGUCCCCACACCAGAGUUGUCAUGCAGAUUUGCAAUGACAGGAACAUUUGUAAUGCGCAUCGCCAGGAGAGGCAUUUUUGCUUUUAGUCGUGUUUUGGAAUUUGUAAUGCUGUAAACAGGAUAAGCAGAUGGAUUUUGAUGAUGCUGGCCUUGCGAACCUGCACUACACUACGGACUGCAACUUGUGAUGCGUGACCCCCAAAGGUUCUAGGUUUGUGUUGCAAAGUCCCCAUCUUGACUCUGGUGUGCGGAUGUUUUUACUCAGGAUAUGACACUUUUUUUAUCCAUGCGCAGCGGAGUGGUCUAUUGUCGACGGCGGAAUUAUUAUCCACGGGGAGCUCCUCCGCGUCCUCGUCAUCUUCGACUACUAGAGCCCGUGAUCCGGCAAUCUUUUCCGCCGAACCUCUACUACUCGCAGCCUAUCUCAGAUCGCGGGGAUUUUCGGUGCAAGUGGUCCAGCACGACUUUGCCUACCUCCAGUCUUUCGGUCGCCUCCCCUGCGCGGUUUUUGGAUGGCAGGUUCUCGAUCUCGCGGAAAUAUGGACUCGGUGCAUUCUUCACGACCCGUCCAUAGCGGACACGGAAGAAGGUGCGGAGGAUCGUGCGCUGGCGCUUCGGCUGCUGCCCGCGUUGGAGAGCUGUCUAUUCCGCCACUUUCAUCUAGACGGUUACACUGAUGCAGUAGAGGGUGAACAACAAACACCAGAGGGCUUCCUGCGAACCGCGAAAUUGCAAUGCUACCGCUUCAAUCUGCUGGACCCGGGGCGGGGAUACCUCAGCUGCUCGCUGCGAUCCCGGGCGCGCGAAAUCGGAGACGAAGAGGCAGCUAAAGUGCUGAUUCCUCAGAGCGACAUUGCGCAGCUGUUGCGCCACGCGGCGGGAGUUUUGAGCCCGACGAAACAACCAGAAGGACGUGAGAGCCAGCGGUACAACUACCCUCUGGUCCACUUGGUCUUUUCUGUAUAUUUUGGGCUCAACGAGUUUCUUCGCCAAGCUCUCUCUCCAACUUUGCGCGCUGCCAACAUGAUGCAGUCUGUAUUUGAUCUAGCCGACCAGCAGCGAACAAGUGUUGAGUUGCCGCCGAAGGAGAAGUCGAAUGCUAAGAAGGCGCUGCUGAAAUUGUUGCGACCAGCAAUGCUGCUAGACACGAGUGCCGAGGAAGCCGCGAGUACAGAGGACACAGAUAAUGGGGCGGCUGCAAAUCCGUCAGCUAGAAAUAAGACUGUCGCUUUGACACCCGAGGAAAGAAAAAAGCAACAGUGGAAUCUGUUGUUUAUAGCUGCUGCUACUGCGAUGGUUGUCACAAUAGGCAUGCAGCGUCGAUGAGAUGAGAUUCUGAGGAAGAUUCGGCUCAGUACCUCCAUCUAUAUUGAUUUUAUUUCUGUACAAGCUCAAGCAAGCGCUCUUCGGAGAUGGGUAGCAUCAC